UAAAGCCUUUAACUCUCCUCUCCUGGUGGUAGAGAGGGAGGGACAGUCCGUGUUAGACCUACAGGGCGGUGAGCCCUUGGGGAUCCCCGGUCUCUGUGUGCGUCUUGCUAGCUUCUAUAAUUUUAGUUGUAGCCUUGUAUAGUUACAACUGCACUUAACAAAAUGGAAAGUAAUGGAUACAUAUUGACUAAGAUUGAAGUUUGUUUGCUUGGAUAGCCCACAGGCAAAUAUAGACGCAGAUACGAUUUAUUCUUGGUGAAUAAAUAAAACUCGUGAAAUAUUAUGACAAUGGUGCUAAAUAAUAAACACUUAUUAAUAGAGUGAGAUCAUACCGAGAAAUAUCAGGCUCAGGCUCUACUCAGAAACAACGCUGCAUUUUGUUAUUGCUGUAAACUGUUUUCCACACAAAAGCACAAAAUCAUAGGAGAAGUUGUGAAUGACUGGUCCAAUAUCAACGCAAUUCUGAAGCAGCAUGAGGGUAGUUCCGAACACAAAAGCAACAUGAUUAAGUGGAGAGAAUUUGAUCUGUGCUUAAGUCGUGGAAAAACUCUUGACCACAUAGAAAUGACAGCUUUGGAGGCUGAAAGAAAGAGAUGGCGAGAUGUCCUUACACGCCUCAUAAGCAUCACACAGUCUCUGGCUGAAAGAAACCUCGCAUUCAGAGGUUCAUCAGAUAAGCUCUUCCAACCAGAUAAUGGAAAUUUUCUAAAAGAGGUUGAAUUAUUAGCUAAAUUUGACCCUGUUUUGGAAAAUCAUGUCAGCAGAAUUAAAGAUGGGGAUACACAUGCUCAUUACCUUAGUAAGGACAUACAGAAUGAGCUGAUACAGCUUGUGAGUGACAGGAUUCUCACAACUAUUGUGACUCAACUGAGAGACUCCAAAUACUUCUCCAUUAUCUUAGACUGUACACCUGACAUUAGUCACCAGGAGCAGAUGUCCAUUAUCCUCAGAAGCGUGGCUUUAAAGGGACAGCCAGAGAUAAAGGAGCACUUCCUCGGCUUUGUUAAUGUUGAGGCUACAACUGGCUUAAAUCUGUCUACAAUCAUCUUGGAUAAGCUGACUGAUCUGAAAAUUCCAUUUGACGAUUGCAGAGGGCAAGCCUACGACAAUGGGGCCAAUAUGAAAGGUAGACUCCAAGGAGUACAAGCCAGACUGUUGCAAAAUAAUCUGAGAGCUGUGUUUGUCCCAUGUGGUGCACACACAUUAAACCUCGUCAUUGCAGAUGCUGCCAAAUCUUCCAGAGAUGCGGUUGUUUUUUUUGGCUAUGUACAAAAGCUGUUCACCUUUUUUUCUGCUGGCACACAAAGAUGGAAUAUCUUGAAACAAUACGUGAACAUAACAGUGAAGUCAUGGAGUGACACAAGAUGGGAGAGCAGGCUCCAAAGUGUCCAUGCAGUCAGGUAUCAGGCCUCUGAGAUUCGAGAAGCCUUACUGGAAGCCAGACAGAAGAUUAAUGAUCCCGUGGCCAAAGUGGAGGCACAGUCAGUUGCAGAGGAAGUUGGUUCUUACCGCUUCUUGAUUUGCUGUGUAGUGUGGUGUGAGAUACUGUCAAGAACAAAUACAGUGAACAAGCUCCUCCAAUCUGCUUCAAUACAGCUUGACAUAGCUGUGCAGUUGAUCUCAAAUGCAAAAGCCUCUCUCACUCUCUACCGGGACACUGGAUUCUCAGAUGCCCAGACAACAGCCAGAAGCAUUUGUGAGGAAAUGAAUGUAGAAGCUGUUUUGAAGGACAAGAGGCUGAGAACCAGCAAGAGGCAUUUCAGCUACGAAGCACCUGAUGAGCCAGUGGCUGAUGCACUGCAGAAUCUUGAAGUCAACUUCUUCAACAUUGUGGUUGACUCUACAAUAGCAUCCAUUGAUGAACGAUUCGAAACUCUGAACCAGGUGAAGACUAAAUAUGGAGUAGUGCUGAACUUCAGCACUGCAUGUCAGAUGUCCAGUGACUCCUUGAAGGGCCAGUGUAUGCAACUCGAGAAAACUCUCACCUUCAACCAAGACUGUGACAUCAGUGGAGUGGAUCUGGCAAACGAAAUCAAGACUUUACCUGACCUACCAUCAGGAUCCCAGGCUGCCUGGCCCACCAAGGAACUUUGUCCAAUCUAUCUGAGCCAGCAGAUUCAGAUCAUCCUGACCUGCUCAGCUCAGAGUUGGAUGAGGACCCACUAG